UCUGAGCGCAGAAGGAAGGAAGAAGUAGAAGAGACCGACGGGAGGCGGGGAUGAGGGGAGGAGGAGGAGCUGCCGCCUCUCGCCCGGGGCCUCAGGAAGGAGCUGCGUGAAGCGGGCACCUGAGGCCAGAGCCUUGGAAUGAGGCGACGGAGGCGCCGACGGAGGUGGUCGCUGUGAGGGAAGGAAGGAAGGAGGCAAGGAAAGGGGCCGCCCAGGGGGAGCCCCUGCACUCAGCCGCCGAGAUGGAUGAACAGGAGGCCCUGAAUUCUAUCAUGAAGGAUUUGGUUGCACUCCAGAUGAGCCGACGUCCCAGAUUAUCUGGCUUUGAUAGCAUGAAGCACAAGGAUGGUCAUUCCAACAGACAGAAAAAACAUAGUACAAGCAACCCAAGUGUCCUGAACAACCCUACAAUAACAAAUCAAUGUACUCGUGCAGGAGAGGACAAAAGAGCUCAGAAUGACGUAAGGAUAAAGUUUGAAUAUAAUGGGGAAAGGAGGAUUAUUCCUUUCACCCGGCCUGUCCGCUAUGAAGAUGUGCAGCAGAAAGUGAAAACAGCUUUUGGUCAAGUGCUAGAUCUCCAUUAUAUGAAUAAUGAGUUAUCUAUUCCCUUGAAAAGUCAAGAUGAUCUCGACAAAGCAGUAGACCUUUUAGACCGAAGUUCAAACGUGAAAAGCCUUAGAAUAUUACUGCUGUCUCAGGACAGAAACCAUACCAGUCCAUCAUCACAUUCCGGAAUGCCAAAGCAAGUUAGAAUCAAAACUUCCCAAUCUGUGGGUGAUGUGAGCACUACUUACCAGCCGCCUGAAACCAGAAGUAGGCAUCUCUCAAUCAGUUCUCAAAACACAGGCCGAAGUUCACCCCCUCCAGGGUAUGUCCCAGAGAGGCAGCAGCGAAUCGCUCGUCAGGGCUCCUAUACCAGCAUUAACAGUGAAGGAGAAUUCAUUCCAGAAACCAGUGAACAAUGCAUGCUGGAUCCUUUAAGCAGUGCUGAAAACUCUAUAUCUGGGAGCUGCCAGUCGUUGAGCCAAUCAGGAGACAGCCUUUCUUUCCUGAAAUCCUGCAUAUCCAGGGCUCAGAGUUUCCCAGACAAUAGGCAAGACUUUACAGAUCGUGAGAAUCAAAUCUAUGACAAAGCAGAGAAAGGUGGAACAUACCCUCGACGUUACCAUGUCUCCAUGCAGCAUAAAGAUUACAAUGACGGUCGAAGGACAUUUCCUCGCAUUCGACGGCAUCAAGGCAACCUCUUUACACUGGUGCCCUCAAGCCGUUCUUUGAGCACCAACGGGGAGAAUCUGGGCCUGACGGUGCAGUAUCUCGAUCCUCGUGGGCGCUUGCGAAGUGCUGACAGUGAGAAUACUCUUACUGUACAGGAGAGGAACAUCCCAACCAAAUCUCCAAGUGCUCCAGUGAACUGGAGAAGGGGGAAACUCCUAGGACAAGGUGCCUUUGGUCGUGUGUAUUUAUGCUACGAUGUGGAUACAGGGAGAGAACUCGCUGCCAAGCAAGUCCAGUUUGACCCAGACAGCCCUGAAACCAGCAAGGAAGUGAGUGCAUUGGAAUGUGAGAUUCAGUUGCUGAAGAACCUCCAACAUGAGCGCAUUGUUCAGUAUUACGGAUGCUUGAGGGACCGAGCAGAGAAGACUCUGAGCAUCUUCAUGGAGUAUAUGCCAGGGGGUUCUGUCAAAGACCAGCUGAAGGCUUAUGGUGCUCUGACGGAAAAUGUGACCCGGAAGUACACUCGGCAGAUUCUGGAAGGAGUCUGUUACCUUCACAGCAACAUGAUUGUACACAGGGAUAUAAAGGGAGCAAAUAUUCUCCGAGAUUCUGCUGGUAACGUGAAGCUUGGUGAUUUUGGGGCCAGCAAACGGUUACAGACAAUUUGCAUGUCUGGGACAGGCAUCCGUUCUGUCACAGGGACACCCUAUUGGAUGAGUCCAGAAGUGAUCAGUGGAGAGGGCUAUGGAAGAAAAGCCGAUGUCUGGAGCCUGGCAUGUACUGUGGUGGAGAUGUUAACAGAGAAACCGCCUUGGGCCGAAUAUGAAGCCAUGGCAGCCAUUUUCAAAAUUGCCACACAACCAACAAAUCCCCAGCUGCCUUCUCACAUAUCGGAAACUUGUCGAGACUUUCUAAGGCGGAUCUUUCUGGAAGCCAAGCAGAGACCUUCAGCCGAAGAACUGCUCCAGCAUCCCUUUGCACAACUGCCAUAUUGAACUCUCCCCUUCCCACUGCAAACAGCACUUCUACCUGCAGUUUGAAACUCAACUUUCUGAAGAUGCUGUCCAGCAGCCAUAGCAAAGUGUCAACCCCAAGGGCUAACCCAGCUUUGGCAUUUGCCUAGAAAGACAUCGUGUCAGAAGAAAACAAGGAUGUCAGGGUUUUUUAGGUUGACAUCUUUGUUUUAAGAUGGAUGUUUCAGCAGCUAUAAAUCUAUAUCUCUGACCUUGUUGGGGUGCUGACAUGAUGCCGUGGUGUGCCUCCAUAAGUUCAUGAGCUGGAAGCCAACUGGGAGCCAUCUCAUUUGAAUGUAGCUCUGUGCCAGAUGCUGGACCAAAGUGGAAAAAGGAGUACUUAUAACUUGUGAUGACUGCUAAGACUCACAAAAGCGUGUCUUGGGAUCAUGCUUUCGUUCUCCGUUUCACAACUCCCCAGGACCUUAUCAAGUCAAGUGCCACAAAGAACAUGCACUCCAUUAUUAUUAUUAUUAUAUAUAAUAAUUAUUAUAUAUUUUUCUUAAGUAUUCAGCAUCUGAAAGUGUUCAGAAAAUAUUGAUUUGGAUAAACAUGUGAAUAGUAUUAUUUUGUAAUGACAAGCCGAAGAACCGGAGGCAAGGUCUUUUGAUCCUUCUUUCUAUUUCUUUACCUUUCUCCCUCUCUUAUCCAAAUAUCUGGAUGAUGAAAUAGGGGGUUCCCAUGGAACGCAAGCACAAUGGGGCCAAAGGAGUGUAGGGUCCCUGUAUGAAAUGAGGGAAACAAGCUUUAUUAUUAUUAUUAUUAUUAUUUAGGACUGGCCUGUUUGAGGGUGCAAUUCAGGACUGUGCAUUCUGUGUCUAUGCAAUAAUUGUGUGCUAACACAGAAUUUAGUUAUCUGGCACACAAAGAUCAGCAUCUUAGGACUCAACACUUUUAACUUCUUUAUUUAUUUUUUAAAAAAAUAAAAGCAAGUUUCUAGUCUUUAUGGCAACAGAGAAACUAUAAAUGUUGAAACUAUGGAAUGUGCCUUGUGACUUCCUAGAAGCCAUGGGGUACUGAGCAGGUGCUGGUUGGGGGCAGAUAUUCAGUGCCCUUUCCAUUAAUAGCGAAAGCCAAAUGUUCAAAACCAAGAAUAUAUAUGAAAUUUCACAUAAUUUGUCUAAUUUAUUUAGACCAUAGAACACCAUUUUAUAGAUUAUUUUAGCACAUGCAUUCAAAUGAUGGAAAUGUGAAAUAUGUUUGGCAUGCAUGUGUUUCCCCAUGGAUAACUGUUUUUUGCAGCCGAGAAAAAAAAAUUGGAGAGCUAUCACUGCAGCCUUGAUAUUAUCCUGACUUGAAUCUUUGUAAGACAUUGGAAUCUUCUAAUACCUCCAUUAGAAGGCUUCGUCCACCCUUGGGCAGAAUGCCAAUGGUGCCCAUAUUUAGAUUUGCCAAGCCUUCUAAACAAAUAUUAUUUCAGUGCUACCAAAAUUUAUUUCAGGGAAAGGCGAAUCACUGUUGUUGAGCCUAGACAGAGAACUUUUCUAUUCCAUGGUGAGCAGGCAUCUGUCAGAACUCUUUGUUUUAUUCAUCUGCACUUAAUAAUUUUUAGUUUUCAGCCUAGACUUGGAUGUAAUAAUUUUUCAGUGGAACUUUUGCGAUGUGAGCAAAACAGGCAAUUUGAAAAUAUAUGAAAAAGUUCUAGUUAUGAGUAAGACCCGUUUCCCAGUGCUGGAUUAGGUCUUCAUUAGGAAUCCUGGCAUUGUUUUGAAAAUAAUUCUCCUGUGAGGCUCCCAUGAGACCCUUUCAAACUUUGAGCUGCUAAUACAAAUAUUCUUGUUUGUGCUAUAGAAGUUUGGAUUUGGAACUAAAGAAGUAGGUUCAUGCAGGGCCUCUGUAAGAGUUGCCAUCUUUGGGAAACUCCAGUUCUAUAUAACAAUUUGAGAUUUCAUUUUCUAAAAUAGAUGAAAAAUGUAAGCAAUGUGUUAUGCUGCAAAGAAUAUUGUGUUGCACAUUAAGUUUUUCCAUAUGCCCUUGGUACCCUUGAUUUGAUAAGACCUUUUGACAAGAUAAGUUAAGGUAUUGGCAUUUGUGCAGAGUUAAAUUUACUCCCAAAUAUCAAACAUUUUAUAAGGCGUGCUUAAAUCACAAAUAGUUGCUAAUAGCAGCAAAGCUGAACAGCGGAAAGACAGCAAGGUAUAGUGAUUAGAACAGGGGUCCUCAAACCUUUUGAACCAAGGGCCAGGUCACAGUCCCCCAAAAUGUUGGAGGGCUGGAUUAUAAUUUGAAAAAAACAUGAAUGAAUUCCUAUGCACACUGAACAUAUCUUAUUUGUAGUGCAAAAAAUACUUAAAAACAAUACAAUAAUUAAAAUGAAGAACAAUUUUAACAAAUAUAAACUUAUUAGUAUUACAGUGGCAAGCGUGGACCUGCUUUUGGGUGAUGAGAUAGAGUUGUUGUUGUUGUGUGCUUUCAAGUCGUUUCAGACUUAGGUUGACCCUGAGCGAGGGCCGGGUAAAUGACCUUGAAGGGCCGUAUUCGGCCCCCAGGCCUUAGUUUGAGGACCCCUGGGUUAGAGUGUCAGACUAGGAUCCUAUAGGGCAGGGUUUGAAUCCCCACUUGGUCAUCGCAACUCAAUGGGUGACAUUGAGCAACUUGCAUUCUCAGCCUCAGAGAAAGGCAGAGGCCUCCUCUGAACAAAUUUUGCCAAGAAAAACCCUGAUAAACUCAGAUUGAAGGUACACAACAAUAUACUUGUAAUUGCAUAUUAGUCACCACCACGUAAUAGUCAUAAAAUUACAUGGGGCAUAAAAUUCAUAAUUUUUGCUUUCUUCGCACACUAGUCGCUUCAUUGAUUCAGUAAGGGUGAUUGUUUGCCUGCCCCUCCACUUUCAGUCACAGCACUUCAUUCAGCAGCAGUGCUUUCUGACUCAGCUGCAAGAAGCACUGUGCAUAAAAGGAAAAUGGACAAAAGAUUGAAUUAAUUGCUCAAUUUCUUUUAUUGCAUAAUGUCAAAAAAGGGAUAAAAUGUGUUAUUAUGUGAUGAAAUACAGUAGGAAGUGCCUUCUACCAGUAGAAGUAUCUUUAAAACAGAAUGCAGUUGAAGUGGAAAAAAAUUCAGCAAAUGUCUUCAGUCCACAGUCUUGUAGCAUUGGCAAGGUGUGAAGCCACUAUCCAGGAAUAGUUGACCUUUCCAGAACAUUGCUUUAAGAUAAUUGCUUUUGUGUAGCACAAUGAUCAAGGUAGAAUGACUUGUCCUUAACUCAGCUGAGAUCCAAAAAAAGCAGCAGUUUUUCUUAUUCUUCAUAAAUCUUGAAGAUAGCUUGAGAAGUUUGAAGGUAUCUAUGUCCUGAAAUGCAUCUGCUCCCUUGUAGUAUAUGCUGUGAUUAAGCAAAUACCCAACAGCAGACUUCCUCCCUCUACCUGUCUCCAAGAAUGUGAUAAACGUUGGUUUGGCUACCUAUUUGUAUGAUAUACUCCAGUACCUGGACCCAGGCUGCUGAUUCAGCAUGAGAAAUUAGCCAAAGCAUUACAUGUAUGGAUGCACUUUUACAAAUGUAUUUAUAUCACUCUUUGUUAAGCUUUUUACAUCAUGUCAGCAAAUUGUGAUGCCUCAUACUUUUUUAUUUAUAUCAUAAUUUGUUGGUUUUAUAGAUAUGUACAGCAACGGUUAUUGGGUGGGGAGGGAGGAAAUUGAAACAUUUAUGAAUUUGAAAAAGGGAAGAAAAGCAGCUGGUUUUGCAAAGAAUAUUAUAGUUUUAUAAUAAGAUGUGUCAAGCCAAAAUGCCUCUUUGUUUUCUCACUGGUCUGUUGAGGAAGGAGAGGGGAAAAUCUCACAUCUGUUUACAGGAAUAGGAAAUAAAUUGUGA